AGGUGUUUCCGUUGUUCUAUCGUAACAGCGAAAAAGAAAAGAAAAAAAAACACACACAAACACUCUUAUGUUUUGUCCGUUAAUUUUCACAUGACGACGACGAGCUCAACAAAGACACGUCUCUUGUUCUUGCUUUCUGAUCAAUGCCUAUUUCUCGCAAAACUUCUCCUCAUUUCUCUUCUUCUUUGCCGUCCUUUCAUUCUGAUCUUCACCGCAACGUUGGCAAUGCCGGCAAUUCUUGUAUUAACCAAGCCCAACAGCAGCGCCGUCUCACGCGUCAAAGGAAGCUCAGGCACUUGACCGACGACGAGCUGGGCUUAAGAUUUGGUGAUAUCCACCGUUCCUUCUCCUCUCCCUGUUCCCCUGAUACGCCGGCGAGGAUGGACUCCAAGUCUCCUGAGAGGUUGGAGCAUUGGUCUUCGUACGCCGAGCCCAAGCCUUUGCCUCUUCCUGAGGGGUUUUUUAAUCGGAAAUCCAAGACGUCCGGUUCCAGUCCUGGACCGAGUAAGCUAGCAUCACCUGAUGAAAGGCUUGCCUCUGUUGUCGGAAGGAAGAAUGCAGAUCACGUUGCUAAAAGUGCAGCAAAAUCAUCGGUCAAUGUUCAUAAGGAAUUCUCUCAAGACGAAUUUGUCGAAAGCUUUACAAAUGGCACAAAGCCGACGGUGACUACAAGGAGCGGUGCUACAAGUUAUUUCUCAUCUCCUGCCAGUCCUCAAAGAUCAAACACCCAAGAUCACUUUAAUUCUUAUGAUGUUGCAGAUUCAACCAAGUCUUUGUUAAGUCGUCGCAGGGGUUUUCCUGGCGAGAAAAUUUUCGGGGGUGUUAACUACGACUUGAGGCUGAAGGUUUCGGCCAGGAGUGCUCCGACGACGGCUUUGUCUAGUCCCUCCGUUAGUCCACAAAGAUCAAGAGCCAUAGAUCUCCAUGAAUCAAGUGGGUUGAUAGACUUAGAUGUUCCAUAUUCAGGUAGGCCUGCUGCUUAUAAUGUUUCACCAGUAAAAAAUGUACAUAGUCCUGAGAAUUCUCCACUGCAUAUCCCUGGUCCAAAUAAAACUUCAUCCUACCAUGGAGAGUGGCUUGAAAAUAAUAGUAAUCAAGUAAAUGCCCAUCCUUUGCCCCUUCCCCCUGGAGCUUUACCAUCAUCAUCACAAUCACCGGUGCCACUACCAUCACCGGUCUCAAAUCACGUCAUUGAAAAACCAAUGGCAACUUCGAUCAUAAGUCAAUGGAAGAAAGGAAAACUUCUUGGACGUGGUACAUAUGGAACUGUUUAUGGAGCAACAAACAGAGAGACUGGAGCUUUGUGUGCAAUGAAGGAAGUUGAGAUCAUCCCUGAUGACCCUAAAUCUGUUGAAUGUAUAAAACAGUUAGAGCAGGAAAUUAGAGUUUUGAGACGCUUAAAGCACCAAAAUAUUGUUCAAUACUAUGGCAGUGAAAUAGUUGAUGAUCGCUUAUACAUAUAUUUGGAGUAUGUCCAUCCAGGCUCAAUUAAUAAAUAUGUCCGUGAGCACUGUGGAGCUAUAACAGAAUCAAUAGUUCGCAAUUUCACCCGUCAUAUUCUAUCUGGCUUAGCAUACCUUCAUAGUUUCAAGACAAUACACAGGGACAUAAAAGGUGCAAAUUUGCUGGUCGAUGCCAACGGGAUUGUUAAACUUGCUGAUUUUGGCAUGGCAAAACAUCUUACGGGAUUAUCCUACGAGCUUUCUUUGAAAGGAAGUCCAUACUGGAUGGCUCCUGAGGUCAUAAAAGCUGUCAUGAAGAAAGAUUCCGAUCCAAAUCUUGCUCUGGCUGUUGACAUAUGGAGCUUGGGUUGUACCGUCAUUGAGAUGUUUAAUGGUAGACCUCCUUGGGGUGAACUUCAAGGGCCUCAAGCUUUGUUCAAAGUUCUGAACAAAACCCCGCCUGUACCAGAAGCAUUAUCUCCAGAAGGAAAGGAUUUUCUACGUUGUUGCUUUCAAAGAAAUCCCGCCGAGCGGCCAUCCGCAGCUACGCUACUUGAGCAUCCUUUUGUACGAAAUUCGGCUGAUCAAAAUGGACAAGCCCUCAUGCAGGCCUUUUCUAGAAUGGAUCUAACAGAUAAAUCACAUAGUAUGAGAAUAGAAAUGAUGUCGACUUCCCUGGGAACAAGGAUGACAAACGGGAAAUUGCCGUCUAAUAGUGAAACCAGACGAUUAGGCUAUCCCAAAACCAAUAACUGUGCCGCAGCUUCGCACCAUCCCCUCGAUCCUGCUCUUGAGGUCUCGACUUACACUUCUGGAACAAGAGUGAUUCAUGGUUCACAUAGUUUCAGCCCGUCACAUGUUUCAAGCAAUAUGCCACUCGGUGCGGUGAACAACCACCCAUUUGCUGUGGGGCGGAUGCAAGGCAAGGAAGUCCCGCACAUCUGAAACUUGGGUUCGGAUUCAGAUCGAUGAAAUGUAGGAAAUUGUUUUAGUGGAUGUUUGGGGGGUCAGGGUUUGAUGACUGGCGUGAUGUUCAAUUUCACCAUUUUCACGGCUCUGAUAAACAUAAUGUAAAUACAGGGUUUCUUAGUUGUUAAUUCUGUUACUUGAUUCUUUA